GGUGUAGAUAUACCAGAAAUAUUUCUGCUCUUCUGCCGUUAUGCUGCGUCGUCGGUGGCCAAGUCCCGAGUCCUGAGUCCUGACUCCUGAAAGCUGAGUGCAGUUUCGAGUGUUGGUGUUGAAUUGAAUCUUCAUUUUAAGGACACACGGCUGCGACAGUAAGCUGUCCAAAAACCAUGAGCUACGGUCGGGCUCAAAACUAGGACCCCCGCCUAUUGUGGAACCUUUCGGCAUCAGAUUAGGAAACGGCAAGCUGCAACUUAUCCACUGAGCCACACACAUAGCCUCAAGAGCAAGGAGCAAAAUGUUGAUCCGCUGGAAGAGCAAAGACAAGAGCGCCUCCUCUAACCAGAGCGCCUGCGGCAGCAGCAGCUCCUCCUCGAAGAAGAAGCGCAAGGGAAGAGAAGGCGAAGAAGACUGGCAGAAUGAAGCGAAAUCGGGACGCAUGCCGCCCAACGAACAGGGCGGCGACGAACGACGACGAGCCAUGCGUCGCGAUGAUCCACGACGGCACACGCUCGGCGGCGACAUGUUGGUCUACGGCGGCUCCCAGCAUCCCCAUGCCCAUCAGAUGGCGCCCCAGCAGCAGCGCGCCAUGGACCUGGAGAUGAGCACGCGUGCCCAGAAGAACAAGAAGAACCAGCCGAUGCGGGGAUAUGCACCUGUUAAUCAGGGGCCCCUGUUCGACGACGAUCCGGGCAUCAUGUCGGAGGUGGAAACGGCCAGCACCGGAUUCCGAAGGGGCGGCAAGCAGCGCUCCUCGCUCCCCGUGGUACGCACUCCCUCCAAAACGCUGGAGCGCCCGCUGGGCCUGGUCUUUCUGCAGUACCGCUCGGAGACGAAGCGCGCCCUGCUGCCCAACGAGAUCACCUCGAUCGACACGGUGCGCGCCCUGUUUGUGCGCUCGUUCCCGCGCCAGCUGACCAUGUCGUAUUUGGAGGGGCCGAAUGUGAAGAUCUACAUCCAUGAUGCCAGCAAGGACAUGUUCUACGAGCUGGAGGAUGUGCGCUCUCAUCUCCGCGAGAUACGCGAUCGCUCCGUGUUGCGCCUCUUCGAGUCCACUGAGGUGGCAGCUCCGCCCCAGAUCCUGCCCGGCGGGCCGGGCAUCCCGCAGCCCCUGCCACCGGCGCAGGCUACCUGGGACCAGGAUCAGAGCUACUUCAGCGAGCCGGAGUUCGACUCGGACUACAAGCACCAGCACAUCCACAAGUCAAAGAUUGGGAAACAACCGGCUCCCUACUACGUGGGCUCGUCGCAGACAUUGCCCCGCGGCAUGUACUCAUCAGAACGCAACAAGGUGUCGAUGGGAGCACCUGUGAAACCACUAAGAUCACUCAAUCCAAGGGGUAGCAUGGAACCCCUGUUCCCCUACACCCCGGAUCAGUUAUACAGCAUUCCAGACGGUUACACCAGUUCUCCGGAGCGCAGUAGCCGUGGCAACUACGAGGAGCCGUACUACAGCCAAUACGGCACCAGGGGCACUGUGGUGGCGCCCAUCAUAGACGAGGAGCAGAGUGACGGAACCAUGACCGAGGAUCAGUACGCACUGUACGGCAUCAAGGUGGGGCCCAAUCGCCUAGCGCACCGCGGCAACCAGAUCUACGAUCCCACUAGACCAGAGGAUUUGCACCGGAUUCGCGUGGAGCACAUGGAACGGCAGCUGGCCAACCUGACGGGCCUGGUUCAGAAGGCUCUGGUCAACCAGAAUCCACAGAUAGCCCCGCUGGCUGUGCCCACUUUAGAUCCCAACUACCUGGUCGUGCCGUCGCAGAUGCAAGCCAACGGCUCCGGGGACGAGCUGUACAUUCGGGAGAAAGCUCCCAAGUUGGGCAAGAACUCGUGCCAAAAAUCCGUGUCCUUUGAGAAGUCCGUAUCGUUUAGUGAUGACAUACAGGGAAUACCAAAAUCUCACAACCCUCUACAUGCCGCUGACACGAAGCCAACCAAGCCGGCAAUCAAGUCGUCCACCUUACCACGCACCUCGUCACAAGAGCGCGACCGCCUCAAGCCUCCACCGCCGCCCAAACCGAUCGUGCUGGCCCAGACGUCCCAUCCCAACUACCGGGCGGACAUCGCACUGGCUCCCGAGGUGUACAACCAUCUGCGCGGCCUGCAGAAGAAGGCCAAGGACCUGCGCAUGGAGGUCCGCACCCUGAGGCGCCUCUCGCAGGCCCAGGCCGUGGCCGUGCGCGAGGACAUCAAGGGCACGUUCAUGCGCAUUCGCGCCACCCUGCUGGCGAGCAGCGGCAGCUUCUGGGAUCACCAGGGCGACCAGGACGCCACUCGCAUUUCGCGCGAGGAGGAGCUAUACAAGCAGGAGGUCAUCCGGCUGGAGAAGGACCUGAGCGACUUGGAGGGAUCGGUGGAGAACCUGCGCGGUGAGGUAAUUAACCGUCGCACUCGCGUCAACAUGACCGCCGUGGAGGACAUGGCAUUGGUGCUAAGUCGGGCUAGCAAAACUGUCGCUGAACUGAAGCUGAAGUUCCCGGCGCUUUCGAAUGGCUUGCGCUGCAUCCUGUCCAACGAGAUGGAGAAGGUGGUGCGAGAAGAAAAGUUCCUUAAAGAAGAGCCCGAUCGCCUGGAGUCGGCGCUGCGUCGUUGCAAGAAACUGACUGGCACCCUGGUGACGCUCAAACGCUUGGCCAGCGUGCAGGAGCAACGGCUGCCGCCGAAUGAGCCAACUAUUAGUGAGGAGCCGCCGCGAUCGGCGGACAUCUCGGCGCCGGACAAGCCAAUCCCAACACCCAGGAUGGGGUCGUUCGCUCUCAGCGGGGGACUCGCACCCGAAAACGCACUCGAUGCUCUGCUAGAUGAGCUCAAGACAUUCUCCAAGCCCAUUGCCCAACAACAGCAGCAGCAACAGCAGCAGCAGCAGCAACAACAGCAGCAGCAACACCAGCAACUAUACGAGAUUCGCCCUGAAGAUUCGGCAUCCGAUGAAAGCGCACAGGCCGCAGUACAAAGCACCGUCACCACGCAAAUAUCGCAGGCCCGUCUCUACACGGAGGCGAGCGUCAAUAUGCAGCAGGCGACCACCGGCAGCAUGGUCAUCGCUGUCGCCUCGGGCAGUGUGCCAGCUCAAGCUCAGGUUCAGGCUCAGGCUCAGGCUCAGGCUCAGCGUGGAGUGCUCACCCAUCAGCAGUCGCAGUCGCAGGCAUCCCAGGCACAGCUAAUGGUGCACACCAACAUGGGCAGCCUGCGCCGCCUGCACUCCUAUCCCAGUGAGUCGGAUGGUGAACUGCCUCCUGGGCCGCCGCCACCGACUGGUCCGCGGGCCAGCGAGAGUACAAUGGCCAACGGCGGCAGCGGCAGCAGCAAGCCACCCGUGCCCGAGCGAAACGCUGAAUUGAUCACCAAGGUGGGCCACAAGCGCAUCCCGCCACCUCCGCCGCCACGCACCAGCUCACGCAGUCCACUGGCCAGUCCAACCAGCCCGAAUGUGCCCCAGAGCACAGCCGCCGCAGUCAAUUCGAAUGCCAUGGGCAACAGUGUCCACCCAGUGGGUGAACCCGUCGUGCCCGCCGUCGUCAGUGGCGACACCUCCAGCGGGGACAACUCUAGCGGCAAUGAGUCCGGCAACGAUCAUGUCCAGCGUCAGGUGGCGCUCGAGAUGCGCCACCAGGAGCUGCUCAAGAAGCAGAAGAUGCUGCAGGAGCAGUACCAGCGGUUGCAGCAGAUGAGCAAGCUGCCCUCGGUGGAUGUGGCCUGCCCCUCUCCGUCCUCAUCCUCGCAAUCGCAGGACAUGGCCGGCGGCGGCGGCGGGAGCAACACCCUGCUCCGGAAGCUGGGCAGUGAGACGAACAUCCAGCAGAAGAUCGCCGCAUUGAGCCUAGCCUGCGAGGCUAGUGGAGCCGCAGCUGCGGCGGCGGCGGCUGCUGCUGCGGCUACCAAUGGUGUGGUGGCCAGUGAUGCUACGAGCGGUGCGAUAGGCGCUGGUGGUGGUGCAGGUGGUGGUGGAGGAGCUGCGGGAACGGCUGGUGCGGGCGCUGCUGCUGUAAACUCCAACUCGAACUCCCAACACCAGACAGCCAACACGACGACCACUAAACAGCUGUACGAGACCGAGAUACUUUAACACAACUGGAAAUUGGCGUGGAACGAAGCUAAAAUUGACAUAUAAUCGAAGUGGAGCAUCUGGAAUUGCGGCCCAGACUAGUCCACGUCGAGUUCUAGUCGCGGGCCCAUCAAUUCACCAUCCCCACAGAGAAUACCGACAGAACAGGACAAAAACGAUGAUUACAAAUGAAUAUGAAUGACGGAGAACAGCUUUUCGUUUGUUAGGGUUUUUGUAUUUACUAACAUCUAAUUGUCGUACAUAAAUGUGUAUUUGCACAACUCCAGUAACUCCAGCAUCCGAUGUUGUAUGUUAGGUGUUGUCUGUGAAAACGCAAAGCCAAAGAUCGGAAACCGAACUAUAACGAAAACGAAAUCCAAAGCGAAAACACUUAUCGAAUCGAAUCGAGUCGAGUCACAAAUUAAAAACCGUAUGUCUAAUGCGUAAUCACCAUUUGUGCACCCUCCAUAAGAAACACAAAAAAUGAAACGGGCAUAGGAAAAUGUUGUAUAGAAUACCCCAUAUACCAUAUACCACCAUACACCCUAUGCACCAGCGUAAAAAGCCCCAGAUGAAUGUAUUUAUGUAUGUAUUCGCUUACAUUGAUGUACUUGUUGCAUGUUGUGUUUUUGUUGUUGUUUCGAUGGUCAAGAGCAGCAGGAGGGGAAGCGAUCAGAUCCCGAGCAAGUUGCCAGACUCCGGCUGCAGCACCAUAAGACCCAGCACUAAGCCUAGAUAUAUCCAUGCAAUGUGGAUGAUGUGUCAGUGCCCCAGCAGCAACACCCCCUGACCCGUAUCCCCGAAAAGCAAAAGCCCAGGAUCCCGGAACCAGGACCUGGCCAGUACCCAGUACCCAGAAACCAGAACCCAACCCAACCAACAAACACACGUAGAACAAGCGACACACACUUCUGCAUAGCAAAGCAUAUAACGCCACACCACACACUCCACACAGUCGUACGUACACAACCAAUUUACGAUUAACAAACUAUUAUGCACAUGUACAGAUCUACGUAUGUACUUAAAAGAUAUGUCAUAGAUUUUUAUUAUUACCUUGGUAUGGGACGUGAGACUGAUAGUUCUAUAUAUGUAGCUCGUCAAGAUACAAUAUGAAAUACGAAAGCAAAAGAUAUUGUACUUAUUUUUGUUAAACGAUGACUAGCUAAUUUUAUUCCCCAUAAAAGGCCACAAGCACUCCCCUCCCUUUCCUGAAAAUAAGAAAAGAGGCCUCGAGAGCUCGUUAUUCUUGAUGGGAAUUUCGGAGAGUGCAGACUUCGGACUACCGAUGGUUUUAUUGUUUACAUGAUGCACCUAUCAAAUGGGUAAAACAUACACAUAUACUUAGCUACUUAGCUCUAUAUGCAUUCAACGCUAGACCCAACAUGAAACGGUGGUCGGCGGUCCAGAACCCAGGUCUCACAUAGAUUGGGUACGUCCCGAUCACAGGACAGGUCGUCGUUCUCCUCCCCACUCGAUCAGGCUUUCGGGGGUUUUGUAGUCGAGAUCUCUGGACCGCAUUGUUUUUAGCAAAUCCCAUUAACCCAAAGUUAACCGAGAAUCGUACUACCCAAGCUUCGCUAUACCCCUACCAUAUAAGUAUGUACAUAUAUGUAUUCCGAAGUCUCGGGGGGCAUAAGGCGGAAGUGGAUGGACAGGACAACCAACCAACCAGCACACUCAUAGAUUUGUUAUUUUUACUGCUCGGCCAGUGUUACACUCCAGUAUUAUAGGCUAAUUUACAUUUAAAUUUAAAGUCAUUUGUAACACACACGACUUAAACGAAAUUUGUUGCACCUCUGCCACGUUCUUAUAUCAAUUAAACACACACACACGCAACACACGAAUUCCUUAAAUUUUACAAUUUUCGAGGUCUAAGUGGGAUCGCCUCACAAGUCGAGCGUUUUAGCAUAAGAUGAUACAACACCACACGAAAAAGUUACAAUGAACAUUUUAGAGUAUAUGUAUCUGCUACUUGCUACUCAUAUAUGUAUGUAUAAAUUCAUAGUUCUAUUAUAUGUAUAUCCAAUAGCUCAAGUACACACCCCCUCAAAAGAACCCCCCAGAAGGUCAGGUCACCUUCUCCAGGCUUCUGCUGACGAUACAUACAUACUUUAUUGCCUAUCGCGGUUGGCAGCCGAAUCUUUUUCGCAGGAAGGCCUAGUUUAGGGGCUUUGGACUUGACUUCAAGGUGACUGAGGUGCGCGCUCAAGACAUUUACAUACAUAUACACAAAGACAAAUAUUUACCUAAGUUAGUAGAUUUGUAUUAUUUAUUUAGCGCCAUUCGACGAAUAUGUAUAACAUAUAUAUUUACAUGCAAAAUCACGCAACGAAUACACAUUUAAAAGAACAUAUAUACAUGCAUACGAUGAAUACGAAGAUAACAAAUAACGAACUAUGCGAAAGGCAGUGUUUAAAGGUCCCCUAAUACUACCAACUCAAGAUAUUUAAGUAUAAAGUUAUACAAGGAAGCGUGGCCAGUUCAAAUGGCAUCGUACACCCAAUUAUAUUCCUUAAAAGGCACACAACACACUAUAUACAACACACUCUCGAUCACAACCGAAAACACCAACCAAAAACACUCGCAGACGCACUCUUCCUUCCCCCUCACCUACACCUAAUCCUAAAAGGUAUUUAGCAUCGCCCGUAGGCGGAAACGGUCUAAAACCAGAAACCCUGCAAGUGCAGAACUCAAUUCAGACUUAAGCUGCAUCGGAAGAGUUAAGGAGUGCGUAUUUUUUUCUUAAUAAUAAUUAUUCUAUUUAAAUCACAACAAACCACAACAAUAAAUAUCAUUCGUAACAUGGACUCUGAA